CUCCUAGUCUGUUACCAGAUAUUAACACAAAGAAACUUGUGUGUGUUCAAACACACCUUCCUGUGUGUAGAUCGCCGUGCCGCUUGCAUCCGCCUAGACGGAAAGAUGAGCAAAACAGGUAAAGAGCUGCUAAUCAUCUUUGAGAAGGAGGCAGACCAGUGGGCCUCGUACAUGCGCUCCAUCCUGGCCAGAUCUGUCCCAGAGACGGGCAUUUGUUGCUACAACAUAGCUAUGGUGUCCAGUCGGCGAGACAACUUCCUGGAGCUGAAUGGCUACAAGUGCAAACUGCUCAUCCUGUCACGGGGUAUGCUGGAAGGCAUGUGCCAAAUGUACCGCUUCUUCUUAGCACGUGUGCUGAGGCCUGAGGCGUGUGUCGUGGUGCUGCUGUGUGGUGUCGAAAGCCUAGAUCCCCUCCUAGAACUCCUUCCUCUGAAGGGUGAAGAAUGUCUUCAGAUCUCGAGUGAACAAGAUGCACAGGAGUACCGCUCUGCUGUGCUCGACAUAAUUCGCAGAGGUGGACAGACAUCAGCAGUGGAUACAAGAAUUACUCAGGAAACAAAACUGGACAGAAGACACUCUGCUGGUGCUGCGGUUGCCAAAUCCUCUCUGCUAGUCCUGCCCAGUCAUGUUCCUUGUGAGAAACCCGGAGAGGUAUUCCUUCUCCUGCGGCAGGCCAUAGCCGGUAAAGACUUGGAAGUGGAGUUCAGUAGGAACAAGCAGAAAGUGAGAGUAAAGCCAACAAACUGGAAUGAGAGCACUCUCAGUGUGACUGCUGCAGAAUUUCCUGCUGGAAAUGUGGCUGUAACGCUCUACUGUGGAGGCGUAAUGAAGGGGAGCACACACCUACAAUACUACAACACUAUGGGAGAGAUUUCUCGCCUUCUCAAGCAGGCUGCAGACCCGAUGAACUUCAUGUGCCAGGCUUUUCAGUCAUCCUCCUCAGAGAAGCUGGAUCACAUUCUAGCAGCAUGUGUGGUGAAGAAGAUGCCUACUGGAGGUUUCCUGGGACUGCAGACUGAUCAGACUCCAGCUGGAGUAUCCAACUCGGAGGACAUCCCAACUCUGCUGCACUUUGCGGCGCAGUACGGGCUGAAAGAUCUGGCCAGCGUUCUGCUGCAGUGCCCUGGAGCUCAGCAAGCCAUGAGGAGCCCCAACCGUUUUGGACACACACCUCUGAUGCUAGCACAUGCAAACGGACACUCGCAGCUCCAAGUCCUGCUGCAGGAGUCACUGGCCAAGAGCAGCAAUGAUGAAACGACUGAGGACAACAGUGUAUACGAGUUGAUGGGCAGUACUGUGAAUCUGCGGGUUGCUGAGAGCCGUGAUCAGCCUCACACAGGGGGAGCCGGAGAAGCUAAUGUGCAGGCGAAAAACGAUGAUGAUCCCUAUACACUUGAAGUGAAUGAUGAAGAAUAUGACACUAUCUUGACCUCUGGAAGCUCAACAGUGAUGGCCAACCGCCCUCCUGCACCUGCUCCUCGACCUGAGAGUCUCCCCAGCAAGGAGGAGAACGUGUCUUUCAUCGCUCAGGUUUUCCAGAAGAAAAUGUCCCAGGGAGAUACUGAAACUCUCUACUCUCUUCCUGCUAAGCAAACCAGCGGUCAAGACUCAUGCACAUACGACACCUUUAUCCCGGGUCCAGCACCGGGACUGGAUGAGCUCAUUAAACUGCAGGAGCAGGUGAAGAAAGGAUCACUCAGCGUGGACGAGGCCUUGGAGAGAUUCAGUGACUGGCAGAGGGUUCAGAAAGGAUUAGAUGGCAUCCAACAGGAAAAACUACGGCAGUUGCGGGCAAGCAUCAUGAAUAACAGAGAGGAUGAUGACAGCGUCUAUGAUAAAAUCAACAUCGUUCAUCACAUGCCACCCGCAACUGCAAAAGAAUGCCGAAGAGGAAGCCAGCAAGCAGAGGGGAAUUUCUACAGCAAACCAGUCAAAGGACAGCAUUCAAAUUUCUUUCGGAAAGCAGAUAAGCGAUAAAAAAAUAUAUGAAGACGUUUUAAGUUUCUAGCUGCUCUAACAGGAGGCACACCGGAAGCAUCCAAUGUGGAACUGUGAUAUCAUCUGAAAGGAAUCAGAACACACACACACACACACACACACUCAUCUCACAUUCUCAGGAAUCUUCUCGUUUCUUUUUUUACAUCUACUGUUUUACUGUGCUAAGAUUCGCAUUAUGUAACAUGAACAUUACAGCAGUUUUGAAAUGGAAAAGUCCCUAAAUUCUCUUUCUAUUUUUUUUUCUUUAUGUACACUCCUUGUCAGAUGCACCUCCAAGUGCCUUCUUAUAUAAAAUCUCCACAAGGGGGUGCUAUCUUACCAGACAUGCUGAUGAUAAAACAGGGCCUGUCGUUAUUAAUUCACUUCCUUUGAUAGACAAACAAGGCUCUUGCACGUCCCUUUUCCCCCCAGCAGACUCCUCAAGUGCCAUACGGAUCACUAACUGCAUGUGAGGACACAAACAAACGUCUCAAAAAGAAAAACAUACGAUGGCGCGCAAGUGAGGUCUUGCCUGUUAUGGUGGUGUCAAGGGAUUUGGGAGAGCUAAAGUGGCUCUGCGAUGCACGGUAUGCUGCUAACUUGUUCUGUUUGCCAAACCCAAGCAGCUGGACACGUUUGCAUGAUCAGUCAUGCUCUUUGUGAAUAAUAUGUAUUAAAGCCCCCACACUCGUGCCGUGUUUGGAAGCAGCAGUUUUGCCUUUGGAGAUGAUCCGGCUCCAGCAGCCCCAGUGGCAUUUGAGGAGCGGGUUUUGCCCGUCACCUGCUGCUCUGGGAAGGAGCCGAGCUUCAUGAUCCUAGGCUGGAGGCGGCUUCACUUUCCUUCUUCACCUUCAUCGUAUAUUCUACAGCUUCAUGAGAGGGAACAGGCUGUAUCAGAAUCCUCCUUGUACAUGGUUCCAGAUCUAAGGACAUUUACAAUAUGACAGUUGUCUCUUGCCAAAAUCAACUCACUUGAUGUAUGUUAGUGAAAUGAGUCUAAUUAAUGAAACUGCUUGUCCAUUAGUCUGCUAUGGAAAGAUGCCACAGGAGUUCUUACUUUUCUCAAGCUGGGACGGAGUUGAUAAACCCUUCAUGAAAGAUUAAGGCUUCCCUGAAGUAUAGAGCUUUAUCUGCGACAGAGCAGAGGGCAGGAUUAGAAUGCAGAUGCAUCAACAAUGCUGUCAUAAAACCGCAAACUGAUAAAGAUCCAGUGCAGCUGAGGCUCGUACUCAGCACCGAGCCGUUAUUUCAGCUCAUCUCUCCAUGUGACGUUUAAAAAAAAAUUUUUUUUGGAUUUCAUAAUGAAACUAUCCAGAAGCCUGCUGGAAAAUCUACUGUUUUGAAUGGACACAAAAAGGGAUAAAAAGGCAAACAUGGAUAUUUGGAUUGGGUUUUGGUAAACGUCCAGCAAUAUGCAAGUGCACACACACACACACACCUAUAACAUCAUCAUCGUCAUCAUCCUCCGGAUUAAGAACCAGAAAUUAUGCACAGCUGUUCCUCUUUCUGCACCCUGAUAAAAAUCAGGCAAUUUCACAGUCAGUGGCAUUCUUUCAUCCCCUAAUCCCUUGGCAUGUGUACAGUAUACGUGACCCUCCUCGGAAAAAGGGCCGAGGCCACAGUUGUGGAACCUCAGAUCCAGGACAGGAGCUUCUCAUUCACAGAAAGCAGGUUACAAUGAAUAAAUAAGGAGUUAUAUGCAGCAGCAAUGUUUGAGACGACCCAAUUUCACAUAGGAUUCACAUUUGGAUUUGACUUUUUUAGGUAUGAGGACAAAAUCAUCACAUCUAAUGUAAUUUUCCUGCAACUUUCCAAAAGAAAAAGUCAUGAUUCUGCCUUGCUUGGAUGUAUGCCAAUAGCUUUAUAUUGUUUCUUCUAAGGCUUGGCUGUUUGAUCAAAUGCUUCGUGAUAGACGAAAGAUCGUGAAAGAUCGUGAUAAACCGGAAAACAGGAAAACCUUCACCUUCAGGAAAUCAUAACUGCUUUGAUUUUUUUCACCAAUGCACAAUACAAUCAGAGUCAGCGCUCCUUUUCCAUAUCCGCUCACAUAUUAUGCUAAACAUGUAACUCAUCACUGACAGCAUUAAAUAAAAAGGCAACCUGAGAUAUAUACCGCAGAUUGCAGCAUCAAAAUUAGCACAGCACUUUAAAUCCUGGAGAUGUUUGUUUGAACCGGGCUUAGUGCAGAAAUUGACUCAAAUUAACCAGAAGAGCAAACUACUUACAUUAUAGAUGCUAUGCAUCUCUAGGGUUUUGAAAACAUCUUGAUUAGUAAGUUGUUAAUGGUGUGGGAUCUCAGUUGUGAGUAUUUGUAGUGCAGACGACGAGGGCUGGAGUGAUUGCUAAUCAGUGCAUAUAAGAGCCAGGUGUUAGCUUGGGUUGUGGCUUGAUAGAUGCCAGGAUCCUUCUUCUAAUGCCUGUCUGUGUCCUUUAGUAAUGCUGACUGGCUGAAUGCACUCACUGUGAUAUUCUUCUGUUACAGCAAUGCAGUGUUUGAGGGAAAAAAACAAACAAACUGAUUAAGCUGUAAUUGGAGUUUAAAUAUAAGUGAUUAUUAAGUCACCUUACACAGUCUGGACUGUUUAUAGCAAAUCUGAUUGUGGUCAGAUUCGUGGAAAAACAUGGUCUCUCUUAAAUUGUAGUAAUAGUUCAGUAGUAAUUGUUUGUUUGUUUGUUUUAAUCCAUUUGCGGCUAGCACAUUAACCUGGAAGACUAAGUACAGUCUCAUCAUGUCAUAUCCCUAAAAAUCCUGUAUCCUUAAGCCGAUAUAAAUAUCAAUUUAUGUGGCAUUAUGUUAUAUAUAUUUUUUCUUUGUAAACAUUAUAAACCAGUCUAUAAGGCACAUUUUUCCAAAACAAUAUUUCUUUCUUUCUUUCUUUCUUUCUUUCUUUCUUUCUUUCUUUCUUUCCUUCUUUUUAUUAUUAGUUUCUAGGUGACUAGCAUUCGAGACAUUUUACACAUUCAUCCCUAUUACUAUUUAGAAGAUUAUUGAAUGUUGGAAAUGCUUUAUAUAUUUUUAUUAUUUUAUUAUUAUGUUUAUAACAGCUCCUAUUUUCUUGAUAAUAUUCCUUCAAAUUCUUUCACAGUUCUGUAAACAUCUUUCUCUAAAAUGUGUACCAGUGAAACAAGCAUUUUUAACCUUUUAGCUCCAAAGACAAGAUUUUAUAAAGUCUUUAUAAAGUAUGUAAUUAAAAGAAGCCUGCUUUAUAUAAAUAAAGGCAAACAUUUGAAAAAGUUCCAGUGUAUUACUUGCCAGUAAUGCACUUGCAAAGAUGUGAGAUCUACUGGUUUUUAAUAAAUGAUCCGUGUCAUCUUAAGUUUUUCCAUUGAAACUUUUCCAUAAACAUCUUUCGGGAUACAAGCCAAAGUGUUUAUAAAAUAUACACAAUGGAUAUAUUAAUUAUACCAAAAUAAAACAUCAACAAGAUAUCGGAAAACUAUGCAGUAAAGGAAUCAGAGGCUGGAUUAAGAUACCAAGGGGCAUAAUUAACAAUAAAUAGAUACCUCUGCCCUUCAGAUAAUUAAUAUUAAUCAUUGCCUUUCUAUAAAACAGAAUUUUUUUCCCACCCAAGGUUCAGUUCAACUCACUUCAGUUUUAUUUGUCUAUCACUUUUAAUAAUACACAAAGCAGCUUCACAGAAAUCUGUAAGCAGAUCCUCUUCAUCCAGAUAGUAAGAUUAUAAAUCAUCAACCAAUCACAAAGUAAGACUAUUUAUAAAUGUAAAAGAGAAACUGAUAAUCCACAGUGCUUUAGAGCAGCAGAAAACUGAGUAAGGAUUGAGGCUCGUCUCUCUCUGCCUCUGCGUGGUAUGUAAGCUGUGCACGCUGUGUGCAUGCAACUACCCCUUGGAAUGUACUUUUUAAGCCUUCACCGGCACCCAAACACCCCUAGAGGUAUAGCUAUUCAAGCAUACUGACUCCAUCCCAAGCUUCUCUGCCACACUGAUGCCUCCCCCCUGAGAAACUCAAUCCCUGAAGGGUGAAGUAGCAUCUGCCAAGAGGGCAAGGGUACGUGGGGCACUGUGGCAUCGUGGGCCCCUGCCGACCCUUCAUCCAUCUGAUCAGGGGCCAAAUGAGGCCCCCAGGGUGAGGCUGUGCCCCUUCGCCUGCAGCUCACAGGCAGAUUAGCAGCUCUAUUCAGCUCGGGGCUUUUGUGCGGCAGCACCCAGGCGAGGUCCAGCUGUCUGCGGCCACAGGGAUGCACUAAUUCCACUGCAGGUCAGCAGCUCUGCAUUUUCAAGCAGCUCCUAAAAGGUCACAUCCGCUCAGGAGAAUCCAGACGACCAGCAUUAGCGUCCUCGCACAGUCCCAGUGACCCGUGGUCCCACCCUCACCCCCCCCGCAAAGUCGGCACUCGGGCUGAAUCAAAGGCUGAGUUGAUAUACAGGGAAGGCUUAAGGCUUUAUCUUUUAUCAUCACUUCAAUCCUUCCAAGAGGGAGUUGAGCCUUUGAAGCUGAUGGUUAUGUUUUCAUAAGGAUGUUUUGACUGCUUGAUGCGUCUUAGUAAAGGCCCGUCGUUCGUUCUGUGUGUAUUGGGGCAUUUGAUUUAGUGUAUUUUCACAAGAGGCUUUGUGUUUGAACAGUAUCGAGAGGUCAAUAGCGGUGCAUAUUUAUCAUUAAUGAAUGGCUGGCUUUAUUUCAAAUCUCAUAGAUGCUCUCUGUCUUAAGGCACAUUUUAAUAAUGAAAACAGUGCCAGAGUUAGGGAAUAGCUGAUAAGUUUUCCGUGCUCUGUCUUUAUAUUCUUGCCAAGAAAGGUUUUUCAGGGUAAACGUCAUGAUUUGUAAGAAUAAUCUCAUUAUUGCCAUUAUGCACAACACGAGAAAAGAGACCAGGCACUAAACUGUGAGAACUGUUACUCUGUAGUACUCACGGCAUUUAAAACAAAAACCUCAGAAAAAGAAUACUGCAUAUUUUUCAUGAGAAAAUUCCCGGUCAUGACUUUUGGAAAUGAAUUCAAAUGCAUUUAACUAUGUAAGUAUGGCGCAUGCUAUCCUUAAGAGCCAGAACGCAAACAAUGAAUUAACCACAAUUGCUGUCCUGAUUGAAAUGUUUCCAUCAGUAAGCUCUUUAAAAACAAAAAUACACUCAGUUUGGAAACCUAAUCAUUCUAGUUUUCCACAGAGGUUCUGUUUGCUACCUUUUUGUAAACAAAAACCAUCCAUAUAGCCAGUGAUGAUGCGAGACCGAACACUAGUCCUUAAAAAAGAUGAAAAUCAUGACGGCAAAGACACAAAAAUAUGGUGUGACAGCAACAAUCUCAGUCCUGAAAACACUUCUCGCUGGAACAAGCCUUAGCAACAAAAGAGAUUAAUUGUUCCAACACAUGUGCAAUAAUUGCUUGACUCGAUGCCCAACCAAUAGAGUGUGCAAUGCCAGUCCACAGAGUAAUCAAGGUGAUUUGGCAAGCGCUGCCUUGCAUACAUCGUACCGUAAAGUCAUCAUCCUAUGCUGCACAAGAGCUGCCCACACAUUGCCUUGAGGGCCUUCCUGUGCCAGAGUUGGGAAUGUAAAUGGGAACCAGGGGCACUGACUAAUCAAAUAGAAGUGUGUCUGAAUGCUCUUUGUCAGCAUUAUGACUGAGAUCGGACUAUUCACUGUGUGUUCUGUGGUGAGCCAUAAUAAAUAUCACUGCCUCUAAGGGAUAGCAGUGUAUAUCGGAGACAGAUGAAUUGUGUCAUUUCCUUGAAAUUUCUAUAUGAAUGUC